AUGAUUCAUUCUUCACCCGAAAGACUUAUUGUUACACCACUGGAAAUCAAUGUUACUUACACUGAGGACCUAUGGUUACUCACCAUGGAAGAUCAAAGUAUGGUUACUCACCAUGGAAGAUCAAAGUAUGGUUACUCACCAUGGAAGAUCAAAGUAUGGUUACUCACCAUGGAAGACCAAAGUAUGGUUACUCACUAUAGAAGUCCAAAGUAUGGUUACUCACCAUGGAAGAUCAAAGUAUGGUUACUCACUAUAGAAGUCCAAAGUAUGGUUACUCACCAUGGAAGAUCAAAGUAUGGUUACUCACCAUGGAAGAUCAAAGUAUGGUUACUCACCAUGGAAGAUCAAAGCAUGGUUACUCACUAUAGAAGUCCAAAGUCUGGUUACUCACCAUGGAAGACCAAAGUAUGGUUACUCACUAUAGAAGUCCAAAGUAUGGUUACUCACCAUGAUAGAUCAAAGUAUGGUUACUCACUAUAG